UCUUGCUGGGGCUCAGCGUGCAAGCAGGCGAGUCUGGGCGGGUUCGGGCCCCUGCGCGCUGCACGCCCCCAGUCCCGAGCUCCGCCAGGCGGGGGGCGGUACUUAACCCUGGUGUUUGGGGGGUGCAGAUCGUGGGGGCCAGCUGCAGCUGUCGGCGGAGCAGGGAAGCGGAGACAUGAACUACGCGCGCUUCCUCACGGCGGCGAGCGCGGCCAGAAAGCCUUCGGCCCUCCGAGUCCUAAAUGAGCUGGUGAGCAGGUCGCCCAAAUCUCUCAUCUCCUUGGCUACCGGAUCACCAAACCCCAAGAUGUUCCCUUUCAAGACCUCUGUCAUCACCGUGGAAAAUGGAAAACCCAUCCACUUCGACGAGGAGAGCAUGCAUCGAGCCCUUCAAUAUUCCCAAAGUGCUGGAAUUCCAGAGCUAUUAUCCUGGCUAAAAGAGUUACAAAUAAAAAUUCAUAAUCCUCCUACUGUCAAUUAUCCAUCAAAUAAAGGACAAAUGGACAUAUGCAUCACAUCUGGCAGUCAAGAUGGUCUUUGCAAGAUGUUUGAAAUGAUGAUUAAUCCUGGAGAUAAUGUCCUCUACAAUGAGCCCAUUUACUCAGGAACACUUCAUGCUCUACAACCACUAGGUUGCAACUUUAUUAAUGUUGCCAGUGACAAUGAUGGGAUUAUUCCAGAAUCUCUCAAAGAAGUACUUUCCAGAUGGAAACCAGAAGAUGCCAGGAAUCCUGCCAAAAACACCCCCAAAUUUCUUUAUACCGUUCCCAAUGGCAAUAACCCUACUGGAGACUCAUUUACAAGUAACCGCAAAAAGGAAAUUUAUGAGCUGGCACAAAAAUAUGACUUCCUCAUAGUUGAAGAUGAUCCUUACUAUUUUCUCCAGUUCAAUAAGCCCUGGGUGCCAACAUUUCUUUCCAUGGAUGUUGAUGGCCGCGUCAUCCGGGCUGACACUUUCUCAAAAAUCCUAUCCUCUGGGUUGAGAAUAGGGUUUCUAACUGGCCCCAAACCCUUAAUAGAGAGAAUUGUUUUACAUACGCAAGUUUCAAGUGUCCACAGCAGCACUUUUGCACAGAUGCUUGUUUCAGAGCUGCUAUACCAGUGGGGUGAAAAGGGAUUCAUGGAUCAUGUGGAGAGGGUUACUGAGUUCUAUAGGUCCCAGAAGGACGCAAUGCUGGCAGCUGCAGACAAGUGGUUGAGUGGUUUGGCAGAAUGGAAUGAACCCACCGCGGGAAUGUUUUUAUGGGUUAAAAUUAAGGGCAUUUCUGAUGCAACAAAACUGAUUGAAGAAAAGGCCUAUAAGAAAGAUGUAUUAAUGGUUCCUGGAAGUGUUUUCUACAAUGACUGCAAAGCUCCCAGCCCUUACUUCAGAGCUUCCUUCUCUUUAGCUUCUCCAGAACAACUGGAUGUGGCAUGCCAAAGAUUAGCCGAACUCAUAAAAGAAAAUAUAUGAAGAAAUUAAAGUCGUCGCAUAGAAUUAAAGUAUUUGUGGAUUUUUUGAGUUAAAUCAUUUUUGAUUUAUCAGGAAGAAAUGAUGAUUGGAUCAGACUUACAGAUUUAAUUUCAUCAAGUAUGUUAUGUCUGUAAUAAUUUGAACACUAUUUAAAGCUAUCAGAUUUUAUAUAUAUUUGUAAUCCACGCAGAUCUUUUGAUAACUGUUCAACUUGCAAAAUAUCACUUUUAGUCUGAAUUUUAUACAGAAUUUUGUAGAUGUUUUAUAAUUGCCCAUAAA